AUUACUUUAUUGUAUUUACUACCGAAGUGCUACCAAAAUUUCAACAAAGCAAGUAUGACUACUGAACUCCUAGGAGCUAUAACUUUUGGAUUUAACACUAAGUUUUGUACUACGGAGAUCAGCGAGAGUUACAAGAUUGAAGAUAUGUCAUUAGAAGAGACAUUGAGUGUUGGGGAAGGGGGAAGUUAGGAGGUUAGAGCAAUGGAGCAUGACAAAGUGGGUGUAGAGACUAAGUCGUUUAGGUCAGAGAGGACAGAGGAGGGAAUGGGUAAGGAGAAGAUGGAUGGGGAAGAGGGAAUUCCUUUUAAUAUUUUGGAAGUUGAGGGUGAGCAAAGUAGAUGUUAUGAUGAUACGACGGACAUUGGCUCAGAGGCCAACAACGGUGGAGAAAAGGUGUGCUUAGCACCCAAUGAUCACUGGAUGCCCAUUUAUGCCCACUAUUUAGUGGCAGGGUUGAGGUUUCCCAUUCUUGGGCUUUUGCCCUCUAACUCGUCACUCCCCUCGGUUUCCCCGUCCUCGGUUUCACUUCCUGAAAUGGUGGACAAGGAAAACUAUGAGAUAACUCAGUAAGUAAAUAUGGAUAGCCCUUGGGUAAAAUCUUGGCAUGCCUGACAAACAAUUUAACAUAAUAAAACGUUCAGUGGUAA